UGGCGUCAUCAGCACCGGAAGCGAGCGCAGUGCACGCGUGUUCACCGCAGCUGUAAUGUUGACUCAAGUUGAGUUUGAUACUUGGAAGUUCAGCGCUGGAAUCAUGUAAAUAUCUACAACAUGGGGAUAAUAUAACUCUGUUGGGCGGAUGAGGAGGAGGAUGAUGAAGAUGGGGGACAGGCUGUGUUUUGAGGGGAAGGCUGUUCUGGCCCCUAUGGUUCGGGUGGGCACUCUUCCCAUGAGACUGCUGGCACUGGACUGUGGAGCAGAUAUUGUGUACUGUGAGGAGCUGAUUGACAUCAAAAUGGCCCAGUGUGAGAGAGUAGUAAACGAUGUUCUGGAGACGGUGGAUUUCGUUGCUCCAGAUGAGCGUGUGAUGUUUCGCACCUGCAGUAAAGAGAAGAGCCGCGUGGUCUUUCAGAUGGGGACGGCUGAUCCAGAGAGAGCCCUGGCUGUGGCUAAGCUUGUGGAGAGCGAUGUGGCGGCCGUCGAUGUGAAUAUGGGCUGUCCCAAGGAAUACUCCACGAAGGGAGGAAUGGGUUCGGCACUUCUCUCUGACCCUGAGAAAAUCGAAGCUAUUCUGAGCUCUCUUGUGAAUGGAAUCUCAAAACCCGUUACAUGUAAAAUCAGAAUCCUUCCUACGCUUGAGGACACGGUUAAUUUAGUGAAGAGAAUUGAAAAAACAGGAGUGGCGGCCAUAGCCGUGCAUGGCAGGAUGAAAGAGGAGCGCCCGCGGCACCCGGUCCACUGUGAUUAUAUACAGGCCGUCGCUGAGAGCGUGUCCAUACCGGUCAUUGCCAAUGGCGGCUCUUCAGAUAUGGUGAAGAGCUUUGAGGACAUCGAGACGUUUCGGGCGGCCACAGGAGCGUCAUCGGUCAUGAUCGCGCGAGCCGCCAUGUGGAACCCUUCAGUCUUCCGCCCGCAGGGGGCGCUGUCUCUCGAGCGGGUCAUGGAGGAGUACAUCAAAUACGCUGUUCGCUAUGACAAUAACCCGUUCAACACCAAAUACUGCUUAUGUCAGAUGCUCAGAGACCGAGUCGAGUCUCCAUUAGGGAAACGGCUGCAUGCAGCUCAGACCACUGAAGAAAUAUGUGAGGUGUUUGGAUUGACUGACUUCUACAUGAAGACCGACGCUGAGCUGAAAGCUAGGAAAGCUGCCCUACAGACCAACGGGGAUCAGCCAGAGAUCCCGAAACUAGAAGAUGAUGUCCUCACAAUGCCUGUCCGCUUUGAAAGACGAGAUUAUCCACCUCAGAUCACUCCAAAGAUGUUCCUACUGGAAUGGAGCCGGCAGGAAAAGCUUGAUCAACCCGUUUAUGAGACGGAACAGCGAACUCAAGAUCGAGCUUUUCAGUCCACGGUCAUUGUAGGCGAUAAGAAGUACCGCUCUACCCUGUGGGAGAAGUCGAAGAAGUUUGCGGAGCAGGCCGCAGCUGUCGUGUGUUUGCGCACUCUCGGGCUCCCAGAGGGCCGGGUCGGAGAGGAGAACAGUGGACUGGUCAAUAAACGCAAGAGGGACGACAACAAAUGUGCACCGCUAAAUGACCAUGAGUCAGCAACACGAAAGAGACAUAUAAGUGAAGUGCCACAGGAAGAGGAAGAGGAAAUAAUAUGCAGGACGAAAGUUGUGAAUGGUGACUGUGGUCAGACCACAAGUGAACACUGACACUCACUGAGCUCACUGUCAGACACGCAUUCCUCUUCCUUUCAACGCUAAGUGCCGUUUUACCUUGA